AUGUCUCGAGAUCAAGCACAGUCCUGGCGUAAUGAAGCCGGGGGAAAGGAAUACCCAAGAACAGAUUCUCAGCCUACCUUCAAGCCAUCCCGCCCGGACCCCUAUUUUCCACCUGCUGAAUCAGACAAUACCACGGGGUAUGAAUCUUCUCGUCCUCAAACCCAGACACAGGAGCGUAAUAGUGAAAACUCUGAUGUACAAGUUCAAGAACCAGACAGACGCAGAGGGCGGAGAGGAUCGAGGUACGAAACGGAUGAAGUAGAAGAACAGGAGGAACGUGAAGAGCGACAAACAAGGCGUCCUUCACGAUUUGCAGCAGCCAAACCUGCUUAUGAGGAUGUUCCAAGAGGCAAGGGUAGAGACAAAGCCAGGAGACGUCAACAAUUUGUUGAAGAAGGCGAAGAAGAGGAUGAUUUUGAACGGGAAGAAGCUAGGCGAAGAGCAGAGAUCAAGAGACGGCGAAAAGCCGAGAAGGCUGCCAGAAAAGCUGCGACGCCAACUCCUAUCCUCUUACCGGAAUAUAUCAGUCUUUCCAACCUGGCGGUGGCGCUCAAGGUGAGAUUUGAGGUCUUCGUUGAAAAGUUACAGGAACUUGGUUACGAGGAGUUCAAUCAUGAUUACAUCUUGAAUGCUGAAGAUGCUGGACUCAUUGCUAUGGAAUUCAAUUACGAAGCCAUCAUCGACCGCAGCGAAUCAGAAGAUUUGAAGGCCCGACCGCCAGCGGAAGACCCAUCUUCAUUGCCUCCAAGACCUCCGGUUGUCACAAUCAUGGGGCACGUCGAUCAUGGUAAAACCACACUCCUAGACUGGCUUCGAAAAUCCUCGGUUGCCGCAUCAGAGCACGGUGGGAUCACCCAACAUAUCGGAGCUUUCUCGGUUCCAAUGCCAUCAGGCAAAACAAUUACCUUUCUCGAUACACCAGGUCAUGCUGCCUUCCUUAGCAUGCGCCAACGAGGUGCAAAUGUCACGGAUAUUGUCAUCUUGGUGGUAGCAGCAGAUGAUAGUGUUAAACCCCAAACGAUAGAAGCCAUCAAACACGCCAAGGCAGCCAAGGUUCCCAUUAUCGUCGCAAUCAACAAGAUUGAUAAAGAAGAAGCCAAUGUCGACCGCGUCAAGCAAGAUCUUGCGCGUCAUGGUGUUGAUGUGGAAGACUAUGGUGGUGAGACUCAAGUAGUGUGCGUCAGUGGCAAGACAGGGCGAGGAAUGGACGAGCUGGAAGAAUCAAUCGUAACGUUGUCCGAGAUCCUCGACAUGCGAGCAGAACCAGACGGACAAGCCGAAGGCUGGAUUCUCGAGGCGAGCAUCAAGUCCAUGGGCAAAGUAGCAACUGUUCUUGUUCGACGAGGAACAAUGCGACCUGGUGAUUACAUCGUCGCCGGAAACACGUGGGCAAGGAUCCGCUGUCUCCGCAACGAAGCUGGAGUUGAAAUUUUUGAGGCCGGUCCUGGAACACCUGUCGAGGUAGACGGCUGGCGCGAGCAACCCUUAGCCGGCGACGAAGUUCUCCAAGCCCCUGAUGAGACAAAGGCAAAGUCUGUUGUAGACUACCGUCUCGAGAAAGCAGAACGCGAUAAGAUGGCGGAGGACAUGGAGGCCGUCAACCUGAAUCGCAAGGCUGAACAAGAGAAGCGCGAGCGGGAGAAGGAAGAGGCACGUAUCGCAGCGGAAACGGAAGAGGCAGACGAAGAUGCUGCUCUGGAAACGCAGGAGAAGAAACCCAGCGGCACGAAGCACAUCUUCUUCAUCGUCAAAGGCGACGUAAGCGGUUCCGUCGAAGCCGUAAUCGAUUCCAUCUCUGCGCUCGGGAAUAAAGAAGUCCAACCCCACAUCCUACGUUCAGGCGUCGGGCAAAUAUCUGAAUUUGAUAUCGAACACGCAGCUACAGCGAAGGGACUCGUAGUCAACUUCAACUGCCCCAUUGAACCCCACAUCUCUAGAUUAGCGGAGGAAAAUAAGGUUGGUAUUAUCGACCAGAACAUCAUCUAUAGACUGGUAGACGAUGUGAAGGCGGAGCUAUCUAAGCAUCUACCGCCAUUAAUAACGCAGCGGGUCAUGGGCGAAGCAGAGAUUGCGCAGAUAUUCGAGAUUACUGUCAAAGGACGCCAGCAAAAGAACAUCGCCGGCUGCAAGGUCCGAAAUGGAGCCGUGAGCAGGUCGGCAAAGGUGCGCGUUCUGCGCAACGGCCAGGAAAUCUUCAAUGGUAAAUUAUCAAGUCUGAAAAACGUCAAGAAGGACGUCACGGAGAUGAAGAAGGGCAACGAGUGCGGUAUGAGUUUUGAAGACUGGAGUGAUUUCCAAAUCGGUGAUAUCGUGCAGUCGUACGAGGAGCGGGAGGAGAAGAGAUAUCUGUAA